CAUUAGCCCUUUAACUCAAGCAACAACUAGCAAUUAACCAUGAAUGCACCCAGAACUUCAAUGACUUUUCAUCAGAAUUAUCCUCUAUUGACCAUCAUAUCACAAAUAUUUUCCAUUUCUUUCGUCUUACUUCUUCACUCUCCUUCGCCAACACUUGCUUUCUCGACAUCAAGCAACGACGGUCCAUCCAGUUUAGUCAACAGCGUUUGCAAAGAAACGACCCACUGUAGUUACAAAAAUUGUGUAGCCGCUCUCGCAUUGGAUCCUAAAGCCUUGUCUGCAACAAACGUGAAAUUGUUGGCGCAGAUCGCGCUAAACUUGGCUGUAUCUAAUACCACAAGCAGCUUAAUAUACAUAGAUGCGAUGGCAAAGAAGGAAAGAUCUUCACCAAGACUGAAAUUGGCACUUGAGUACUGCGUUUCAGAGUAUGAAUAUACUGUGAAUGCAUUCAAAGCUUCUUUGGGCGACUUGGAAGUAGAUCCUUUGUACGCAAAUUAUGAUGCUCUAGUUGCUUAUGAUGGUGCAUAUAACUGUGCAGACAAGCUGAAAUCUGAAGGGUUUCAAUCUCAAGAUGUGGAUUCAAUUAGGACUAGAAAUAAUUAUGUGAGCAUUUAUAGCGACAUUGGAGGUACUAUUACCAAUAAGAUGAUCUGAAUUCAUUGAUUUGUUUAAUCCGUAUUUGAUGAAUAAUGAACUUAUUUUCUUGGAAAGUUUGGUUUGAUUAUGUAAUGCCAAAAAUCCUUUGCU